AUGAAGUCAUUGUUCCUAUCUACAGUGGCAAGCCUCGUCUUCGCAGCGGGAGCGUCCUCGAUGCUUGCCGCCUCGUCGAUUGACCAGCACGCUUCAGAUUUAUUGAAGGGUGAUUGUGACCGAGAGUGCAUGGCAUUUAUCGUGGAUCAGGUUCUGGCUUCCAUGGUAGUGCACAACCCAUACAUUUUGCCGAUGGCUGCAAUAUAUCAGGCUACGGAAAACUCGCACCCCGCAGCGCUCGGGAUGAUGACCGCCUGGCGAACUGUCACAGAAGCCGGGCCACCUAGUUUGCUCGCAAUUGAUACCACACAAGGGUCGGCUUAUUUUGCCCUGGACGUCAGCGAAGGCAGCGACACGGAAAGGUCCAUCCUCAGAGGCCGAGUCAAGGUCGUCAACCAGGAGAUCACCGAGUUGGAAGUAUUCAUCAAUCGCUACCGCGGGGACCACGGCUUCUCCUUCUCAGCAGCCGAGCUUCCCAGCAAUUAUGAGGCCUUGAUGUCACCGCCAGAUAAUCGGACGAAGGCGAGUCGGGCAGCGUUGACAGCUCUGAGUGAGGCCUUGUUUGCUACUUCGAGUAAUAUGUCCGUAAGGGUCGACGCCAACUGCCAGUUUACCGAAAUUGGCUGGAAGGUCAUUGAUACGGGAACAUACAACAAUGAAACAACCACCCCGCUCAGUUGCAGCUGGCCUUCAGAUCAUCCAACGGAUGAGAAUGCGCGUGUCGGUUUAGUCAUUGAUGAAAAGUUGGGCUUUGUUGUAACUAGCGGCAUGAUCCAGGGCAAGGUAUACCCUUACCAAAACGUCUCGGCCUUCAUCCCGGACGCCAUGACUUCCUCGCAGGAGGCCCAAAAUGUGUGGUUGAACGAGGUGAAAGCACGGGGUGUCAAAGGGCUUCUGGCUCCCACUGAGGCAACGGGGGAGACCCUUGAGGUGCUGCAAUACUACAACGAUGCGCUCCAAACCAUGCAGAUUAAUGUGUACAUGAGCGGUCCAAAUAUGACAUCGGCCUGGCUAUAG